ACACACACACACACACGCACACACGCUUGCUUCUCCCUUCUUCCCUCCCCGCCGGUCUCCUCUACUGUCGGAUGCUGGAGUGGUGAACAGCAAGACUCUCUUGGUUGAGCCGCAUGGAGGCACAGGGAGGGGCUCCCAGCCCAGAGCUCGGUAAAAACAUCCAGAAGCUGCUAAAGCCCUCCAGUUCUGGCAAGCUCUCUCAGGAGCAGUUCCAGCAGCAUGCUGCAGGCGAGGAGGAGGAAGGGGAAGAGGAGGAGGAGGAGGACGAGGAGGAGGGUGGCUGGACAGGACCCACCGCCAGCCUGCUGCACAUCUCGGAGAAGAGACAACCUCUGAGCAGCGUGUCCUCCUUGGAAGUCCAUUUUGACCUCCUAGAUCUGACCGAGCUGACCGACAUGUCGGACCAGGAGCUGGCUGAAGUCUUUGCUGACUCUGAUGAGGAGAACCACAAUGAGUGUCCACCAGGUUCGCAGCAGGUCGUGCUGGGCAAAGGAGGCUACAUGCGCUCUCCCUCGUGGACACGCUGCAGCAAGGUGGAGAUGCCACGAGAGAGGAAGCAUCACAGUGACUCAGACACCACAGCAGAGCCCUUCAUGAAGCUGGAGAGGCCAAAGCAACCUUGACGUGGCAUGUGACAGGGCGUGAAAUGAAGCUCAGAGCGGACAGCCAGCACCUGAGUCCCAAUGGGCCACUGACUGCGUUUUGUGGUGCUGAUGAACACAUGAGUUCAUGUUGAACUCUGAGCACUUUGCAGUGUUCUAAAAAUGUUCCGUACACACACGCACGCACACACACUUCUUCCCUCUCGUCUCAUUUCACUCUGAAGAUUUGAAACUUUGUGGUGGAGUGACAGACAGGGUAGAAACAGAGCCGACUUAAUGCCCCGACAAGAGCCAAGGAAGCGUGUGGUGUGCUGUAAUGACAAUUGGCUAAAUCAAUAGUUCAUUAGUAUCCUUUUGUCUUUGAUGAAGUACCGUAUUUUCCACACUAUAAGGCGCUACGGAGUAUGAGGGGCAUCUUCAAUGAAUGGCCUAUUUUAAAACUGUUUUCAUAUAUAGGGCGCACCGCAUUAUAAGGCGCAUAGGAUGGAAGCUACAAAAGUGGGGCUGCAGUUGCGUUAUGCAUCCACUAGAUGAAGUUAUGCAACAGGGAAUUCAAUACAAUAAAGCUUUAU